AUGCACCGUACGUUUCUGGUGUUCCAGAAACGCAAUGAAGGCGUCGCUCGAGUGCCUGAAGGUGGUUGGCUGACGCUGUGGAAGGACCCGGAGACAACGAGCAGCGCUCUCAAGCUGAAUGUGCGCUGCCUGUUCCUGGGGGGCCUCUGGUCCAAGUCCAGGGGUCCACUCUACCUGGCUUACAGCGCCUUCAUCCAGAUGUGCAGCUUCGCCUACAUCGCCAUGUGCAUGGUCAGCAUAUUCUCUGCGGAGGGCGACAUCAACGACGUUACGCUCACCUUGCUGCACACCUUCGAGGUGGUCUGUGGCGUCCUCAAAGCGGCCAUCUUCUACCUGAAACGGCACGAAUAUUACGAGAUCGUACGCAGCUUGGACGAACUCAUGUCCGCCCAACGUCAGUACUUAACUGUAAGCAAAGGCCAAGAACUGUUGGUGAUGCUGGAAGCAGCACACAAGAAAGCCAAUUUCUUGACGCUCGUGCUUACAGGGUACAUUUAUGGGCUUGUUUUCGUGUGGUUGCCAUUCCCUUUGAUACUUUGCCCUUCCGAAAGGUUACUGCCCUUGAUACCGCUACCAGGAAAAUAUUACAAGGAGCCUCUCUUACUCUACAUCGCCGUGUACGCCAUUCAGAGUUUCGUUCCGCUUUCACUGAUAAUGGUCGUGGACGGUCUCGACUGCUUCUUUGUGUCUUCGAUGGUACACACCGAAGCUCUCCUCAAAGUUGUGUCGGAGCGCAUCGCAUCUCUUGGGCACCUUCCCUAUACAGACUUCACGGUGCAGCGAUUUUCUGGUCUGGAGCAGGAAACAUGCGGAAUGGAUGUUGGAAACAACUCAGAUUGGACAGCGGAGUUGCGUUCGUGCAUUGUGUGCUAUCAAAAAAUCAUAGAGUAA